GAAAAGCAGCGACUUGCUGUGAGAAACUGCUGGUCUUCGUGCAACAAAUAGAAGUCUUGGUUUGUGUCUUUGAGCUGACUGGGGACUUCAUGCAGCAUUCGGCCUUAAACGGAAGAUUUUCUUUUCUUUCUUUUUGAAUGUAUCGCUAAAGAGUCGUUUUUCCUCGGAUGUCCGUGGCGUGGUCCCAAUGGAGUCGCAUGUUAUCACCCCUGGUCCGUACAGGGCCACUAAACUGUGGAAUGAAGUGACCAAACUUUUUCGGGCGGGCAUGCCUCUGAAAAAGCAUCGGCAGCACUUCAAGGUUUACUCGAACUGCUUCACCGCGACUUCAGCUGUAGACUGGCUACACGAACUUCUGAGGAACAACAGCAAUUUUGGACCAGAGGUCACUAGACAUCAAACUGUUCAGCUCUUGAAGAAGUUCUUAAAAAAUCACGUUAUUGAAGAUGUCAAGGGGCGAUGGGGUUUUGAGGACCUGGAGGACAGCAGUCAGCUCUACAGGUUUCCAUCAACAUCCCCUCUGAAGCCAAUUCCUGUUGGUCCUCAAGGCGUAAGAAAAAGGAGUGUGUCUUUGAAGGACAGAGAGGGUUUCUUCAAAUUAAGAGGUUCCAAGAAAUUUGACCAUGAAAUCCAAGAGAACAUCUCUCCAGCAGUAGAAGAUUCAACAACUGAUACACAUUCAGAGGAGAACUCCAGAGAUAUCACAGAAGAGGACAUUCAAGAUAUUUGGAAGAAUGUAACCUUAACGCAUUUACAGAAGUUACUGGGUCUGCCUUCGCUAGAUGAUGUUUUGAAUCCCACACAAAUUGAUUCCUGCUUCAUUGUGUAUAACAUGACCAAAGUCAACAAGCAUGGCGUUGUUACCCUAGAUGAUAAGACAGAUGAUUUGCCACACUGGGUUUUGUCAGCCAUGAAAUGUCUUGCAAACUGGCCGAAGUUUGACUCAAACCAGCCAUCUUAUCCAGGCUUUGAGAGGGAUGUCUUCAAGACAGUGUCUGACUACUUCUACAGCCUUCCCCAACCACUGCUUACCUUUCAGUACUAUGAGUUGUUUGUUAACGUUUUGGGGUUACUGCAGCCUGCCCUGGAGCGUCUUGCAGUUGAAGCCCUGCAGCUCUGUACACUUCUUCUGCCUCCUGCGUCCCGCCGCAAGUUGCAACUUCUCCUACGCAUGAUGUCCCGCAUGAGCCAGAAUGUGGACAUGCCCCGGCUUCAUGACGUUAUUGGUACACGCACAUUGAUGGUGCAAACAUUCUCUCGCUGUGUAUUGCGCUGUGAAGAGGAAGUAGAUCUGGAUGAGCUAUUGGCCACCAGGCUGCUGUCUUUUCUAAUGGACCAUCAUCAGGAGAUACUCCAGGUGCCAGUGUACCUGCGCAAUGCUGUUGAGGACCAUAUUGCCUACCUCAGAUCACAGACAAGACAUUCCGGUAUAGGUUCUGGUGUUGCCAUGCCAACCUAUUCAUUCUGCAGACAGAUAAGCACACAAGAGUUUGAGGAGCAGAAGUUGUCUGUGUCUCAGGCAGCCAUUGCAGACCUGCUGGAGAGCAUCCUGAAGGAUAAAGCCAUGUCUGUCAAGGAGAAGAAGAAGAAACUCAAACUGUUUCAGAAGGAGUAUCCUGACAUCUACUUUCGCCGCUUUCCAACCACAGAGAGUGAAGUGAAGCUUUUUGCAGAUAAACCAAAGAUCAAACCGCCUCUUUUGAUCAGCAUAAAGAAAACUAAAGCAUUCAGUAUUCGGAACUGAAUUCCUCAAAGAGUGAGUGUGAGAGUGUGAGAGUGUGGGUGUUUUUAUGAAGACAUAGUUGUUGUGGAGAUGAGGGAUUCUUGUUUGUCAUUGUGUGCAGUUCAGGGAGUUAUGUCAUUGGUUUCCAUGUAAGCCAGUGGUUCUCAGACUCUCAUGGAGAGAAUCCUGCAUCUCCGAGCAGAUGCCUUCAAAUCCAGACCUUGAAUCCAGUUUUUGGUCUUGAAUUUUGACAUUACUGUUAGGAGUGACACCAGGUGACCAACCAGCUACAUCGACAGUUCAGUUAACAAUUAGUGAUUACAAAAUCCUGAACUGAAAACUGGAUUGAAGGUCCAGAUUUGAAGACCUCUGCCAUAGAGAGUUUUUGUGAUUUCUGCUCUAAUGUAUUUGAAACAGUUUACUGGGCAGUUAACAAACCCUCUAUGAAUUGGUGUUUGUGCAGUGCAUGAUAUCUCCAAAACUGUGAGAACCAUUGAUUUUAAACUAUUUCUUGGGAUUUAAGUUUUUUCACGUCUUCUAUUACAGCUGAGGGUUGGAAUAUUUGUGUUAUGUAUUUUUCACUUUGUUCCCGUAAUUUUUUUUUAUAUUUGUUAUUUAUUUCAAAGAUGUAAAUUAUUGCGAGAUGUUCUUGGGAGCUAUAAAAACAGCCUUGGGUUAGUUAUCAGCUACACCCAGGUUAUUAAAAGAUCAGUUUUGUCUUUCCCUCCUAAAAUGAUCUGAUAUCUGUGAUGCUUUUGGGAACCUGAGCCGUUUUAAUACAAACCAACUGGGACCAAAAUCAAUUGAAAUUCACUUGGAAUGUUUACAGCAGGAUUGGCUUAGGUAGUU